CCAAGAGGACCCAAUUCAGUCGAUGAACCAAUUCAUCGGCCGAUGUCAACCGGUGGUGUUGGCGGUGGCCGUCGACGUUGAUUGGAAUUGUGGAGACUCUCUCGACAACAGAGGAGUAAUGGGUUGUGGAAAGGACCAAGCAUUUCCAUGGAUGAAGUGGCUGACCUUGGUUUCAAGUCGGAGUCUUUAAUUAGGUACACAGAGCACUACUUAAUCCAAAUUAUUUGCUGGUCUCUCCACUUAUGAGUUCCCAAAUAUGUUUCAACAUUCCUUGCCCUAGAUACCAACUAAGUCCCAUGGAAGCAAACCAUCUAUGUUCGUCUCAAAUGCCACUUUGCGUUGCCCAAAUCAUGUACUCUAACUUCAAUACCAGAUCAAACACCCACUGCGUCAUCUCUGAGAUUCUUCAAUCUUUACAAGAGAGGGAGUUAUCCUUGGCUGCUGGACUAGAUGAUAAGAAUGAUAUCAUGAGAAUGGAGAUUAGAUAUUCAUUAGUAGAUAAGGCUUCAGAUGAUCCUGUUAUUGCGGCACUAGAUAAAGAGAUUGUAAUGCUUGGAGCACAAUUAUCUGCCCUAGGAACAAAAGCAGAGGCUCUUGUAACAAAAAUGGAAGAAUUGCAAGUGAGACAUGUCCAACAUAUUGGUGACUACCAAAUUGGAGUAACAGAAGUAGAAACAAGAAAUGCAUCAACAGAUCAGGAAACCUUUUUAAGUGCCACAUCAGUCAUCCUGCCAUUACCAAACUAGAUGAAGAGAUUGUGAUGGUUGAAGCUGAAGGAAACACAGUGAUAGCGAAGUUGGAUGAACUUGAGCACAGCUAUCAGGAACACGUUGGUGGCUACCAAAUUGGUAUAAUACCUUCACUGGGAAAAGGGUGGUCAUCUGUGGAUGUUGUUGACAACUCUGAUGAGGCGGUUGAAGAAGACUGCAAUGUGGAAAAUACGGAAAAGGAAGAAGAAGAUCAGGAGAGUGAUGGUACAGUCUCAUCUCUUGCUGACCUAGAAGAAGAGAUAAUGGCAGUAACAGCAAAGUUAGAGGCACUCAAGAAGAAACAUGCGCGUCAUGUUGAAAGAAAAUCCAAACAUAAGUUGUUGGAGGAAAGCUCCCCUAGAAAAUCUUCUAUAGUUCUGAAAAAGUGUUCAAGAUUAGAACUGUUCCAUGGAGGCACGUCCCGGUCGAACAAUAGUGCUUGAAUGGGAUUUCAGCAUGGAGUAGCAAUGGUGGCGGUGUCUGCUGUUAUGUUAGGGAUUGUGCCUAUUGGUACCUAGCCUGUUAACAAGUUAGGUAGUCAGCAUGUCAGCAUUUUCUUGGGUACUUAAUUUAGCAAACCCGCACGUUGGUACCGUAUCACAAGUGAUUGCGUUAUGGGCCUAAUAGCAGCAACUUGACUGGGGUAUUGUCACAUUGUGUUCAGAUUCAUGGUUCGCCGUAUUGUCCGAUACGCUACCAUUUUUCAAGUUCGAUACGCGAUCCGUAUCAGUUAGUUUACACUUACUUUGUCCGAUUCCGUUACACUGCGAACCAUGACUUCAGAUGCACCCUGAGGCCUAAUAGCAGGAACUUGACUUGGCUAUUGUCACAUUGUGUUCAUAUGCACCUUGUUUGAAAGUUGUGGUUGAAAGGUUAUAUGUGUUAUCAACUGAUGAUGUAUUGUGCCUUUUCCUAUUUGUUUUGUGCUUAUGUUAUUGAUAUAUCAAUGAUGCAUAUUGCUAAAAGGCUUGGCUCAAACUUUCUUCUGAUAGUCUCCUCGUGUGUUUCUAGUUUUGUCUAGUUU